AUGAGGAAUCAUAAUAAGUUUGGGUCAUCUAGUAAAGGUAAACCUUACACCAAGUCCGUCGGGAAUUUGAGUUCUAAAGUGAAUAAUCAAGAUUCUGUGCAACAAAGGAGUCAAGCUAGCAAAAUUUCUAGAGGAGGGAGUGUGGGUUCUGUUCCACACAACAAAUGCUUCAACUGUGGAAAGCCAGGGCAUAGGGCAAUUGAGUGUCGGAUACCAAGAGCAAUAACAUGUUACAACUGCCAACAGAAGGGACACAAAGCUAAUGAAUGCCCCAAUAACAAGAAAGGAACAACAGAGGUUGGAGGGAGUGCUAGUAAACCUAGAGCGACAGGAAGGGUGUUUGCCUUGAGUGGUGUUGAAGCUACUCAAUCCGAAGACUUAAUCUAG